AUGGCAAAUGGAUAUUGUAAUAAUACUUUAUGUGCCGAUCGUGAAACACAAUUACGUUUAGCACGUCUUCGUGAAGAAUUAUUAACUAAUUUUAAUGGUUUACUAUUGGAUCGAAUUCGUUUUCUUGAACAAACGAUUAGUCAAUUGUCAUCAACAUCAUCAUCAUCAUCAUUUUUACCUUCAAUGCCUUCAGCGUCAACAAUAAAAACAACAACAACAUCAUCAUCAUAUAAAAGUACACCUCCAGCGCCUACAGCUACAGAUCGAGUGUCAACACCAUCAUUACUUCGACGUAGUUCAUCAACAACAGCAUUUUUUCUUCAAAGUCCUUCGAAUCAAACUUCAUUAGGAAAUGGAGCAGGUGCACGUUCAUGUCCAUCUAGUGUUGAUUUAUCAGCUAGUGAUGAUCGACGUUCAAGAUAUUUUUUAUCAAAAAAAAAUUCACGAUCACAAACUAGAACAUCAUCCGAAAGUACUGGUAAUUAUUUAUCAAUACCUAUGGAUGCACAAUGGUCAUCAAUAACUAAUGAUUUUGUAUCAAGUAGUAGUGCUAGUAAUGAAAAAGGACGUCUAGAAUCUCGACGUUUUGCAACUGAUGUUGAUGAUAAUGAAGUACGCGCAUUCAAAGCUAUGAUCUAUAUGGAACAAGCUCGAAAACAACAUGCACGACCACUAACUCGUUUACGACAAGCAUUGGGUAUAUCCAGUAAUUCUACUAGUGCAGGAAGUUAUACAUUUCAUAAUUCAAAAAAACAUUCAAAUGCUUGA